CCCGGCGUUAACCACACCGUCCUCUUCGAGCUGGCCAAGGCCCUCACCGUGCCCCGGCUCUUCGUGCAGCUGCUGCUGGCGCUGCCCCGCCACCUGCGCCGGGGCGAGCUGGAGCGCUUGGUGGAGUACGUCGCCAGCGAGACCUCCCCGGCGGACGUCAGCUUCUUCCUGGACGUGUGGUGGGAGGUGAUGAAGCACAAGGAGGAGCAGGAGGACGGGACGGCCUCGACGUUCAGCGCUCUCAUCCGUCAGCACGGGUCCGAGUCCUCUCCGGACGACGGGCUCCAGCCCCCCAAGAGGUUCAAGAGCGACCCUGUCUCUGUGACUGGCCCGCCGGCUGCCGCCAGCCUGCUCGUGGUCCUGAUAGAGGGGCUGAAACAGACCUACAGGAGCAUCACCCUGCCCCGCAUGAGGUGCUACGCCUUGGCCAACCUGGCAGAGCUGCUCUCUGUGUUCACCGAGCUGGAGCCAGAGGGCAGGUCCCUCCCCGUUGCUGAGUACCUGGACAAGGUCAGCUCCGUGGUCAGCCUCUGGAACAGCGAUGCUGAAAGCCGGUACCACCGGAGAGGGCUGGACGAGAAAGUGAGGGAGGCUGAGAGAAGCAUGAGCCUCUUGUCCGUCGUCAAGCUCUCUGACGAGGAGCUCUUUGCUGGCUUGGACUUUCUCCGCACCUUGCUGCAUGCCUGGGGAGAGGAGCUGCAGGGCACUCUGAACAACUCUGAGGAGCUCUGCUAUGAGAGCUACCGGCUCCUUGAUACGCUUACCACCCUCAGAAAGAACCUGGUUUGCUUCUCAGAGACUAGAGACCUGAGCGAGGACGAGAAGUCCGUAGUGCUAGAGCUGACACAGAUCAUCGGGGACUUUCUCAAGAAGAUCAGCACCAGUCUGAAGAGCAAGGAUUCAGACACCAGCCUUGUCUCUUCAGUUGCCAUGACAAUCAUUGAGCGGAAGCUGGACCGGCACGUGGAGAUGUGCUCCGUUUUUGCUUCUGAACAGACCUGGGCCUUUUCAAAGGACUGGGUUGACUGCCUUGUGAAAAACAAAACUCUCUUCCAGAAACCAGAGCUAGUUUUGAAAUUGCUGGAUACUGUGGUGAACUUUACUGUGUCCUCCCAAGACAGGGAGGCCCGAGAGUUGCAGAUGCAAGUGACCAGAGCCAUCCUGGAGUGUUACACUGAGCUUUCAUUAACUGACAAGAAUGAAGUCCUCUCAGGUGUCCUGGCUUCCUGGGGUGGUCCGGGUCUGUCCCUGAACUUGCAGGUUGUCAUGGAGGGAUUCCAGGAGGAUCUGAAUGUGACGUUCAACCAGAUAACGCAGAGCGUGUCCGAUCAAGGCCUGUCCAGGGCUGUGGCUUCUGUGGCCAGGCUCACUCUGCUGUACCCUGAGGCCACCGUGAAGAAGGUUUGUAAUCUUGCUGUUGUCAACCUAGGAACACACCAGUUCCUUGCCCAAAUCCUCUGCUCCUUCCCAGCACUGAGCUUCCUGGAGACCCACGAUGAUCCAGGCAGGCCACGCAGUCUGAUAGUGAGGUGUCUGAAGGAGGCGGUAUGGGGGAAGCUUUCCACAGCGAGAGAAGAGGAACAGUUUCUUGAGUUCUUGGCCUUUCUCAUGCAGCCAAGCUCAGCAGCUCCACUUGUGUCACCUGCAGAGGUGACUAAAGCCUUUAUCCUUCCCUGUUUGAAAUCAGACUGCGCUCAAAUUGAGCUGAGCCUGCAGAUCCUCAGUAAGGUUUUGGGGAUGCAGUCCUAUCCAGAAGAGCACUGGAUCAAGUCCUGCUACCCAUUCCCGCUCCUCCUCAGCCUCUGCAAGCUUCUGGAUGGUUACACAAGGUACUGGCAUCGGCCCAGGGACCAGCACUUCCCUUCACUGGAGACCAAAGACCUGGUGGUGAACACCCUCUCCCAACUCUGUGAAGUGGUAAGACCAGAAGCCGCCCCAUCCCCUGAGGUGUGGGUCCAGUCGCUGGCUUGGCUUCAUAGGAAGUUGGCAUCACUGGACUGGACUGUUGGUCUCCACCUGAAGAAGCUUUACGGAGACCAUUUCAAGAAUGAGGUCCCAGAGACGCUAUUUGAGAUCUGCAAGCUCCCAGAGGACGAGUGGACGUCCCGGCCUUUACCAGCCUACGGGCCGGGCAGCGGGCUCUUGGCAUGGAUGGAGUGCUGCUGCGUGUCCACAGCGCUCAGGGAGACGAUGCUGACGCUCCUCACGGUCAACGUGGACAACCCUGAAGAAGUGAAUCUCUUCAGCAAAGGGUUCCUGGUGGCCCUCAUACAGGUCCUCCCUUGGUGCAGCCUUAGCGAAUGGAAGAGGCUGGCGCAUGUGGUCCAAAGCUUGCUGCAGAGGCAAGUCUUACAUGUGCCGUACACGCUGGAGUACGUCCAGUACAUGCCCCUGCUCAACCUCCGGCCUUUUGCCCACUACCUCCAGUUCUCUGUGCUUUUCCUCCGAGGCUUCCAGCUCCUCUGCAGCUCCAGCUGCUCCACUUGGCUGCCGGCAGAGGCCUGGCUCCACGUGGUCCAGCUGUACUGCAGCAGCCUAACGGACCUGUUGGGCUCCAUCAAGAGCACCACGGUGCCCCCCGUGCCCCCCGCCGAGGACAUGAACCCCACACAGGAAGUGUCCUUUGUCUGCAUCCAGAUGUUCUGCCAUGUGCUGCACGUCGCUGCCAUGCUGCCGGACAACGGGUGUGGCGAGCCGCUGGUGGUGGUGGCGUUGGAGGUCCUCUCGCAGUACGAGGCCUUCAGUGCCGCCGAUAUGUCCCCCAGCAACGCGCUGCGGAGAGCCAAUGAGAGACAUUUCCUGGAGUGCAUCACGGACAAUGUCGGCGACAAGGCGCUGCGGAGCACCCUUCUGCAGAAGCUCAGCAAGCUGGGAGCUUAGGCAGCGUGGCCAGCCAGGGAGCCAGCUCGGGAAGCUGAGCAGGGCAAAGGAGGAGAGCACAGACCCUGCAACAGGGGACCUGAUAACGUGCAGAGCUGUAAGACCGAUAAUAAACCUUAUCUUUUUUUCUCUUUUGAAUUUAUUUCCCCCCUGCAGUGUUUUCUCCCCACCUAUCUAGGCAGUGACGUGGCCAUAUAAGGAUGGAUGGGAAUGGCCACUCCAAUUUCCCGGCUGGAAAAGCUGUGGAUGCAGCUGUUGCUGACUCAAGGCCCAGGUCCCGUGGCUCCAGCCUAGCCUGGUAGCGGUCUGCAUUUCCAGUGAGUCCACGGAGAGCUCAGCAGCCUCCGACAUCCAGCUGUGUCAGGGAAAUCACUUCUCUCUGGCUUGCCCCCAGGCAGCCCCUGGGUAGUCACAGGUGGGUUCCUGGGUUCACCGCAUGCUGCCGGCGGAACGGGAAGCAAGUCAAGUGAGAGCUCGCUCAUGACUAGCCGUCAUCUUUGGCAAUAAGUGUGGGUUGCUCCUGCCCUGAGCUGGGUGUGAAGCUGUAACCUGGAUUGCGGUGUGUUCAUGCCUCCCCGCCCAGAAAUGAAUGGUGUGUGGGAGAAACACAUCCAAGUGGGGUGACUCUGGAAAGAGGUCUUUAUUGGUCUCUUCUGAUAGGUGCAGUAGUAAAUAGGGCAGUGUUAGUGCAAACGGAAAUGCCUCAUUGGCUUUUUUUCUUUCCUUUACAUAAGGCACAUUAUUUGUAAUAAAGACAGCAAGAUACAAAUAUUUGUAAGAGAUAGCAAGCGUUUUGUAACAUGAGCUGGUCUCUGGAUUUAACACAAGUAGUAGUGUUUCUGCAACAACCUACUGCAUGUUGGAAGAGGCCUUCUUUUAUUCUUUCCAGCCUGUACAACUGUGGCUGGAGCAGCAUGUCACCAGAAAAGAAAAAGGGGUCUCUCAGAGCGAAGCACUUUCCAGCCAUUCUUAUGUAGCUUUUAGACAGAACAAGAGGCACAGAGCGGCUGCGGGUCUCUGGGCUCCCAGCGCGAUCGGCCGCAGCGAGGCUGCCGGGGCCGCGGCUGGUGGAGUGAGCGCCCGGGAGCAGAGGGAACCCUUGGCUCGCGCGGGAGGUUGCAGGGAGGAGGUGGCUGCCCCGGCUCACACUGUGCGCAGGGGAAACUUGCCCCAGGAGGGAAUUGCGUUCGGAGCAGCUGGACUGUACAUGCCCACUCGGAUGGGUAGUCUGCUGCUGCAGCCGUGGUGCUGGGGGCAGCGGGGAGGCCUUUGCCUGUCUCCAGUGUGACGCAAGGUGGAAAUAGGCUGAACCCCUCAAGGACACAACUCAGCACCGGGCUCUAGUGUUGCCUGCUCCGGAAACCAGAGCCAGUUGGUUCCUCCUGCACUGCCCCAGUUCCUUCCCUGCCAGCUUCCUGCAGGCCCCCCUGUCGCGGGGGAGCGGGGGGGCAGGAGGGAUGGACCCCACAACCGCAGCUUAGGCUGCGCUGGUAACCACGGGUGGGUGCUGCUGGUGUGGCUGGAGGGAGAGCAGGGGCAGGGCAUGCCAGUGGGCUUUCAAAUACAUGUUGGGGGACGUGGGGCAGAUAAAAGCAUCCCCUUGCAAGUGCAGUUAGGGCAGGGGGUUGAAAGCAGCGUCCCCUGCCCCUGAAGGGCUCUGCGUGAGGCCCCAUGGGUGGUGAGAUGUCCCCAUCCUGCCUUUGGUGCCGAGCUCCCCCUGCCCUGUCGGGAUUGCUCUCUAAGACAGUGUAACCGUUCUCCGAUCCUGCCGUGAACUUCUCCUCCCUCCUCCAGCCCGGUGAGCAGCACCAGAGCCUUCCCUACCCUCGGGACCGUCAGCCACAGACACCAGGCAGCUGUAGUGAAAUGCCCCUUUGGGCUAAAUGGAGAGUCUGUGAGUGAGUUUGAGCCUCGCAGCAGUGAGGAGUGCACGUGAGAGGUAAGAAGCUGAAUGCAGCUGUAGUGUAAAGGCAGUGUCAGAAAAGAUCAGGAGUGGGCUGCGCAGACCAGCACCAUGUUUUGGGGGCCUGGCUCUGCUCUCAGCUGGAGGCUGUAAAUCAGAGCUGGAGAAGUGAACCUGAGCUGCGUUGGGUAUGGCAUGAGGCUCCCCCAGCCCCAAGGGCUGCUGCUUGGGGCUGGGCACGCUCCAGGAUCGUCUGCGCUGCUGAGCUUGCUCUGCAGGCUCCUGUGCGCCGUGCCUCGCGCUGUGCUGGCCUCCUCUGGCAUCAGUGUCAGCCCCGGAGAUCGGGGGCUUUUUAUAACAGCCCCCUCUCUCGUGACACCGUUGGUCAGUUAGGUGCCGCAGUGUUGAAUCCCAGC